AUGAAUACAAUCUGGGAGCAGAUUAAGAAGUUAGAUGCACGAGUGAAAGAGAUAUCAGAUUGUAAAGAUUAUGGUAGGGAGAAAUCUUUACUCUUGAAGGGUCCGUCCAGGACUUGUUCAUUACCCUCAGUUCCAAAAGUAAGCGUAAACACAUCACGUAACCCAACAAGUGAAGAAAUUAUUGCCAGUUUGGAUAAGCUUAAGCAAAGUGAGAUUCUACAGGAAAGGGAGGCAAUUGUUAGUCCUUCAUGCUCCUCAAGCGUCCAUGAUGUUUUUGAAGUCCCACAAAGUUAUGAGAAUGCUAAAGCUUGUGAAGGUGAGAAGAAAGAACUUAGUAAGUUGACUGUGGAAGUCGAGAACAGGCUGGGAAAGCCAGAUUUGGUGUUGGAUGAGACCAGUGAAAUAUAUGCUAAAGAUGAAACAGACAGGGUAAGGAAAAUUUUGCAUUGCAAGAAGCAAGAGAAUAAAAUAUUUAAACCAAGAGAUGGAAUAAGUACUGCUGACUCUAAUUUGAGGGAGAGAUUGGCUGGGGUUACUGAAUCUCAGCAAGCCAAAUUUCAACAGCUGUGGAGGAGAAUAGAGCAGCUUGAGGGAGAGAGAAAUAGUAUAAGGCAAGAAAUUAGUCAUGCAGGAGAAGAGGAGUUGAAGCUGUUUCAGGAGAUACAUGAGCAUCUUAAUUUAAUACAGUCUGAAAUGCGUAGUUGGAAGCCUAAGAAACCCCCUCCGCAGGAUGACGAGCCCUUGCACUCUGUUAUGGAGGUAUGA